GGUUGGGACGCAGGGCGGGGCUGCGGCUUGUAUCCUACGUGUGCUUCACAGCGGUCUCCUGCGGUCAGUAGCUAACGCAACAGCAAACUGAAACCAUAGAUAUGGUGCUGCUAGAAAAUGAUUCGUUCCUCACGGAGCUCACACGGCUCUUCCAGAAGUGCAGAACAUCUGGCAGUGUUGUCAUCACGCUAAAGAAAUAUGAUGGAAGGACCAAGCCGGUGCCCAGAAAGGGCCACUCGGAGUCAUUUGAACCAGCAGAUAACAAAUGUCUUUUCAGAGCUUCUGAUGGCAAGAGAAAAAUCAGCACAGUGGUCAGCACCAAAGAAGUAAUCAAGUUUCAAAUGGCAUACUCCAACCUCCUCAGAGCUCACAUGGAUGGACUGAAGAAGAAAGAUAAGAAAAGCAAAAGCAAGAAAACUAAAGCCACCCAAUGAGCAACAGACUUUGACACAACCUUGAGUGGCUAAACCAAUCUGUACGAUCACUAGGGGAAUGGGAACGAUCUCCAUUUGGUCGUUUGCACAUACUCGGAUUUCUGCUCAUUCCUCAAGGCCUCAGAUUGAUGGUUAAUCCGCUCAGUGGCUGCUUUGACAUUAUGCCAUUCUUUGCAUGGUACUGUCUUUUCCCUGGCUGUUUAGUGCCAUCAGUGAUCUGGAGCAGAAAGUCCAACUCUUACAGGUCAACUUUACAGAAUCUCUGCCAAUCCUGCUUUGGAAACCAGGUCAUCCACAGCUGUGUUUCCACUGGAGCCAAAUCCAUGGAGUCCAGUGAAUUGCUAGGCAUCCUUAAUUAUAUUAAUGGCUCACCCGUUUUGGUUUGUUUCAGUUCAGCUAUCUUUAGGAGGUUUAAUUUUCCAUGUAUAAUUAUUUUCCUAAAGAGGCUUUUCAGCAUGACUGCUCAGAAAUGCAGAACUGACCGUGACCAAGGUAUUUUGAAUAUUGGUCAAAAGUCUCGACUUGAUAUUGGAGAUGAAAUUGUAUUUUUUAUUUUACUUUUUGGAGUAGAAUGCUGCUGUGUUCUGUUGUUUUUGAAACGCAUUCAUGCCAAAACUGAAGCCUUAAAUUCUUACACACCAAUAAAAUGUGCAGCUAGUUUCUGUUAAUGUGAUUAAUUUAAAGAUGCUGUUUCAGAGCUAUGUCUUGAAUGAGUUACAUAGCACAAGCAUUCAAAGGUGUAUUUUGACUUGCGUAUACAGAGACAAAGUAUCAGCUGUAAUACUUAAAAUUUCAUUUAUUAAACACAACUAUAAGCCAACGGUUUGCAAUGUCUCAUCUCCUGGGUCCUGGACUUGUGGAAGAGGGUUCUAGCAGAAAAUAAGUUCAGAAAUAAAGUCCUUUGUUAAAAGUCA